UUGCAAACACUUGAUUCACACGCAGCUUCGUUUUGACCAUGCUGUGUCGGCAACUUCAUGCGGUUGCUCGUCUUGGGCAUUCUCCAUGGCGUCAGUCGACGCUCCGGCCGUCGUACGCUCGCACAAACUUGCUCAGCUACUAUCGUCGCCAUCUUACUUCUACAUCGAAUGCAACCGUCCCACCCCAUCACCUAGCCGACGCUGGAUAUGCCGGCCUGGGCUUCAUCUCGGUUGGCAUCCUCGUCACAAAUGCCUCCACUGUCGACGUUCACUCGAUGUCGAUAUUCGACUUCCUUGCAGAUUCAGUGGAUAUGGUGUCUUCCAGCGUGCAAAACCAGUGGGAAGACGAGAAUCGCCGACUUUUAAUCGCGUUGAUCGCGACCAACACGGCUGUCUUUGGGAUGUGGAAAGUGGCUCAGCGGCAUCCUGGGCUCGCCAAGUUUAUGUGGACGCACUUUGCGUGUUCGUUCCACGGCGUCGCGUCCGAAAAGCGAGUGCACACGCUACUGACGUCAGCGUUCAGCCACCAGACACCCCUUCACUUUGGGAUCAAUAUGUUCAUGCUGUGGCAUUUUGGGUCGGCAGUUCUUCCUCCGACGGACCACAGAUCGCCCUUCCGCCGCCAAUCGAUUUCAGACGCGUCGUGGUUCAAGUCGGUUGUGAAACAAUUCCACUACGCCGUACACGAACCCCGAAGCUUGAAUAGUCGAGAGUUCACCAAGCUCUAUUUCACCAGCGCAAUCGCAUCGUCGGUACUGAGUGCCGUGGUGUCAGGGCUGCGGGGCAUGGGCCAUGUGUACUCGAUCGGCGCGAGUGGAGCAGUGUUUGGUAUUCUAACGACCUACUGCUUGAUGCAUCCCGACCGUGAGGUACGUGUUGUGUCGAUUCGUUUGGGACCGAGUGGUAUAUGGAUACCUCACCGUGUAGCUGUUGCUGUACGGCAUGCUGCCCCUCUCUGCGGACGAGAUGCUGAAGCUGUCUGUACUCAUCAAUGGCAUCGGAUCGGUCAUGCAGCAUGCAAAGCACAGAGCACUCUCUGCCGUCGUGCCAAGCGUCGAUUUUGUCGGUCAUCUGGGUGGUCAAGCUGCCGCAUAUGCGAUCGUACCCAAGUAGCUAGCAUAGGCUUCGUGCGGCCCGUUGUGACAGUCGCCCCAAUCCAUCAAUAGAGCUGUCAUCACCAAUGCGACCUCUAACACCACAACCAAGUCUUCCCCCUAAACCAAUGCAGUCCACGGCACCAUCACCAUGGAAGGUUGUUUACCUCUCGGGUACGAUAUCAAGGCACCACCAUCGUAGCACCGGAGAGUGGAUUGUACGCGGUACUAAGCUGGACAAAUUCAAUGCACUGCUUCAUUACCCA